AUGCCUUUUUCACCAAAAGAAAUAGCAAUGCAAUUACUCAAGGUUGGGUCUCGUAAAGUUUGGUUAGACCCAUCUAAAAUGGAAACCAUUCAAAAGACUAAAACAAGAGAAGGAAUCAGAGAAUUGAUUGCACAAGGACUUAUAAAGAGAAAAUUUACAAUUAGAGGAAGCUACAAAGCAUCAAGAGGACCAUUUUUGUAUUUAAAACAAGAUCCAUCUCUAUCUAAUUUAAAUACAAAUAAUAAUGUAAUCGAUCAAUAA